UGCAUGUCUUUCGGCAGAACGACAUUGAACAGUCGGUUUACCAAGUCGAGAGAGAUAGUUGCUUCAUCAAAUUAAGCUAUAUCUGAUCGAUAUCGGAGAGAAACCUUAAUUUCUCUCUGACGAUAUAUAUCGGUUCUUGAUGCCUCUUCGUUGAUAGACGAUGUCUCGCGGAUACCCGUUUGAUUGAGAGCAAUUGAGAGUUCUGUACUGGACAAUCGAGAGAGAGAGAGAGAGAGAGAGAGAGAGAGAGAGCAGCUGAAUCAAAUCAAACUACACCUGCAGGCUGCAGGCUGCAAUCAAAUACACAGUGGUGCGUGUUCAUGCUGGAUCGUGCAUCUCGACGCAUCUUCGACCUCUCCGAAAAAAAAAGAAAGGAACGCUGUGUUCUCUGAUCACCCAAAAGCCUAGACUUCGCGUUUGCCGAUAAUCGUUUGUCGAUAAUUGAAAGAUGCACGUCACCUGCAAGUGCCUGAAUGUAUCCAUCAAAUCUAGGAGCACCGAAUUGCAGCAGGUUAACGUUGAGUUGACUGAUUUGGAGCGUGCUGAUGCCUUUUUUCGAGAGGAUUUGGCGAGUGUAUCAGAAUUGGAAAAAAUUACUAAAGAACAACCUGGUUUAAUGGAAAAAAGAAAUGUUGGAUCCUGGAUUGUACACCGUUGUUGUAAUUGCUCAAUGUAUACUCACGCAGUUCACAGAGAAUACGGUGCUGCUUUAGUCCUCAUUAAUAACAAUAUUCUUUUAUCUCCCGAAGAAAUAAAUAAAUUAAAAUCCAAUCCAGAUUAUAGCCCAAUAUUUAGGGUAGUAAUUAAUCAUAGUUUGGAAGAUCUCGAUGAUUAUCUGCAACAGCCUAAAUUUUCUGUUUCACAAUUACCUAACGCGAUUCAAGUGGCCCUAGAUGGAUUACAACAACAGUUACAGGAGGCUGUACAACGUCAAACAAUAACUAUAGAAGAUAAAAUACGUGUGUUUACUGAUGAGCAGCAUCAAUUGUUGGAACAAUUUCGCGAAAGAGCACACAAUGAACAUAGGCUGUUAUCAAAACUAGUAUGUAGAGGUGACGAGACAAGUAGAGUUACCAAUAAUAUAGAAACUCCACCAACAACUCCUGACGGUUUUAAAAGUAUCAUGACUACCUCUGCAGCUAGUACAGUGAAUCCAAAGUCUAAUAUAAUAUUCAGUGAUACAAAAAUAUCUAGUAGCCCAAACGUUAAACACGAAACAACUACCAGACACUCCUCUAAAAGUAGCAUUAAUAAUGAAAAUUCGAAAAAAAGGGAUACAAUGUAUAUUAGUACCAAGGAAUCAACUAGCUUCGAUACAGAAGUAUUGUUUCCUUUUGAAGGAAUGGAGGAUACAGACACAGCCACCCAACAGCUUCUAUCUUCUUCGGAAAACACUGAUGGAUCUGAUACCGAUGAUUCAAGCCAAAACGAGGAGAUUCAUAUGCCAAGAAGUCAACGGGAUGGUCAUUCUACGUUAGCUAAAUCAUUACCUGUCAUUGUGCCUGUUUUCCCUUCUAUCGUUCAUCAUACAAUACAGGAUCAAGAUGAUGAUCAGUUGCCAACUGAUCCACUCAACAUUCGAGCUUCAAUGAAAGCCUUAGCUAAAAGCGUCAAUACUGAUACAGUAUUUGGAGAUUUACCACGUCCCAGAUUUUCUACUCAGAUCUGAUUUAUCAAGUAUGAUAAGAAAAAUUCAGUCAUAGUUUCUUAAUUUUUUGAUACAAAAUUUUUUGAAAAAAAAUAUAUCAUAAUCUCAAUCAU